UGGUUUGUUUCAGUGGUAACUCAACAUGGCGUUAGGGCCAGACUGGAUAAGUCAGUCUUGGUUUUUAGUUUGGAUUUUUACUUUACUUCUAAGUGAAUCUCAAACGAAAAAAACUUCUGUUUAUUAUAUGAAGAACCCAGAAUGUCAAGAAUAUAAAUAUUUAGGUGGUGCUACUGUAUAUUCUCACGAUAAACAAUUCACAGAAUAUUAUGAUCAUAUGAUCUCAUGUCAAAUGACUUUUAAAGCUGAAAAUGAAGGCUGGAAACUUGUGUUACGUUUUGUAAAUCUUGAUAUACCUGACAGGACAGAUAGAAUUUGUAAUGAUGCUAUAUAUGUUUUUGAUAGUGAUCAGAUUUUACAUCCAUUUGAGGAAGCAGGAGGAAACUUUGGUUUAUGUGGAAAUGAAGUACCGACAGAACCAAUGCAGUCCAGUGGUCAGUUUAUAACAGUUCAUUUCAGAACUGAUGAAAAAGGACCCAGAGGGACAGGAUUUAAGUUUAUUGUCACAGCAUUUAGUGAAGAUUAUCAAAAAUUUAACUCAUGUGCGAGUCGAUUCACAUGUAACAACAAAUGGUGCAUUGAUGAAGAUUUAGUGUGUGAUGAUAUCGAUCACUGCACAGAUUCCAGUGAUGAAUUAGAUACUGGGCCUUCUAACUGUGGAGAAGAUGAAAGCCAUUUCCUAGAAAAGUUUUUCUCCCUUGGGAUAACAGCAUCAGUGACAAUAACUGUUGGAAGUUUAAUUGUAAUUAUUGUGUUUAUUGUGGUAAUAGCGUGUUGUUGUCGACGAACUUUUUGUAAACCACACCAGGAAACAAGUGGUACAACUUCAACCGCCACUUCUAUUGUGGCUAAUGGUACACCUAUACCAAACCAAGGUCACCAAUAUCCUAUACACCAUCAUCCCCAGCAGUACCAACAUUCUCAUCAAGGAUAUUUCCCGAUGCAGCCGGUAUAUCCAACGAACAAUCAUACGUCAAUGUACACACCUUACAUGAGGGAAGGAUAUAUUAAUGCUCCAAGUGUUUAUUCAUCAAAUUCUCAGACUCAUUCACAGCCAACAUCUUAUCAUCGGUCAUACACACCGACAAGUUCCCGAUCGGGGAAAUCAAAUAAAUCUAACAAUAGUACAUCAGUGACAUACAGUCAAGGAACAGACAAAGUGACGUUACCUGUUAAUCUGUAGCCUUCAUUUCUACGAAGUUUGUUUUAUUCAACUGGGUCUCUCACAUUUUUAAACUUUUCAAAAGAAAGGGCGAAAAAAGGAAGAUAUGUAAUAUGGCUCCUUGUGAAACCAUGUUAAUACAUUUGUAUAGAAUCCAAGGACAAAUUUAAAACAAUUAGAUCUAACUUAAGUUUUCUGUCUGCUCAUAAGGUGGAUUGGGAGUGCUUGGUUUUAUCUGCUCGAUAUGGUGCUAAUGAUAAUGUUCAGCAAAAAUGACUGAAUUACAUAAUUUACAACCUAAUAAAACACUUUUCUUUUGCUUCUAAUUUGUUCUUAUCUUUAUUUUUUCAACAAAUAUAAGGAAAAAAGAAAAGCAGGGAUUUUUUUAAUUUAAUUACAAACAAAUGUGAGAGAUUUUAAUUUGAUGAAACAUGCUUUUAUAUAGAUCAUACUGGUUGUGAAUAUUUUGAAAACUGUUAUUUAUUACAUUUUUAUAAUGAUAUGUUUUAUGAACUUAAGUAGUUUGAAUCCUUUAUCAAAUUUUAACUGGUUUGUGAGAAAAGUGAUCAGAACUGAAUAGCCAAAGGGAGAUAAUCCAAAAUAAUUCAUGAUACAUUUUGGCCUCCAAAUACUAUAUUACAGUCUUUGUAGUUUUUGACAACAAGAAUUUUAAACAUUUUGGUUAAACUCUGCAAUCAAUUUCACAAAAAAUCUUAACGAGAAAAAUACUUUAAGUCAUGAACAUUUCAGUAUAACUUAAGAUCAAUUUUUGUAGUAAGAUUUUUUGUGAAAAGAGCCCCUGUUCCUUAGUUAGUUUUGUACACACAUGAAGUAAAUUUUGACCAACCUUGAUUUUAACAUGUAUCCAGGUAAUUGUAUUUAAUGGGUUGUAUUACACAAGUGGACAAUUCCCUUGGUGUCAUUGUAUUAUGACAAUUCCCUUGGUGGCAUUGUAUUAUGACAAUUCCCUUGGUGGCAUUGUAUUAUGACAAUUCCCUUGGUGGCAUUGUAUUAUGACAAUUCCCUUGGUGGUAUUUUAUUAUAACUUUUACCUUGAGUAUUUUAGUUAUUGUUAUAUUUUGUUGAUGGUGCAGACAAUCAUGUUUUAUUUUAUUGUUUUACAAUAUUUUAUGUGUUAUUAUUAUUACACUAGGACUAGUUUUGUUGUUAUUAUUACGUCUCAUAAAAUACUGAUGAAAAACAUUAAUGUUGUAACUUGUAGCCUAAUACUGUUAAUUCAAAAAUUUAUCGCUUGCAUUUAUUAUUCUGAAUCGCUGAUCAAUGACAUGAUUGUGAUCAUGAAUUAAUGCAAUUCAAGUGCAUGUUGUAAUAAAAAACAUGCUAGAGAAUGUCAAAGUAUGAUUGUUUAUUAAUGAAAUUCUCUUUUUGUUGCAUUUUUCGCUUUGACUAAAACAUCAUGACAAUUUAUAAGUUUAAUAGCAGUAUCUGUUUCAAGGUAAAAUUGAAUUUGAUUUUAGUUUAAUUCUUAUGGAAUAUACCUUUGAAGAAGUACUUGAAAUAUCAGACAAAUAAUUAUUAAACAUGUAUUACAUCAACCAAAUCUCCUGUGAUACAGGUAGGUAACUCAAAUUUAAAUAUCAAUAUUAACUAUUGAUAUAGUUUGCAUUUUUCAGGGUACAUUUAUUUUGUGAAAAUAUUAAUACAAUAUAGUCAUUUAUUUUAUAAAGUAAUCUUUUCAAUCAUCAUACUUUGAUAGUUAUUCGUAAUAUUUUACAGAUUGUUAGGAGAAUUCAUGAAAUUUCAAUAUAUAUUUUAUGAUUGGUAAGAAUUUAAUAUAGAAACAGUGCCAUUAAAUAUCCAUAGUAUUCAAAGACUAGCAUAACUGAAAUAAUUUAAGAUCUCAUCGUCUCCAAUUCUCUCCAGCUAAUGAUGAACUUCUCAUCGUGAAUGAAAUAUAACAACUGCAUUAUUUGGAUUAGGAAUAUUUGUAUUAGCAUAGCUAUUUGAAUGAAUAAUCAUGGCUUUUAAAUUGCUUAUCUUGCCAAAGACAUGUAUAUUUAGCUUGACGAUUAUGUUAUCCCACCGACAUUAAACAAUCUACCUCAACUAUGUAAAUUAAAAUGAUAUUGUCAUUUUGUCCUGGCUAUAUGGAUCUGUCCUUAUUUAAGUGUAAAGUCAGCAGAACAUUGGUUCAUGGAAUCAAUAAAAUUUGCAUUUCAAGUUAAUCUUGGUAUUGAAAUCAUAAUUCAAAAAUCAUCAAACAAAUGCUUUAUUUUAUAGUGGUUGUAUCAUAUAAAGAAUAAAAGGUAGAGGUAUACUGGUUUGCGUCUGCCAGUCGCAUGAAGUUUUUUGAGACACUUUUCUCAGGAACUACAAAUCAGAGAUUCCUAAAAUGGGUAUAUCAAGCUUCAUGGGAGCAUGCUAUACUGUAUGGUGCAUUUUCAGAUUCAUCCCUCAACAUCUCCCUGAUUACCAAAUAUUUUUAUAUUCUUACACAUAAUGGUCAUGUAUUAGAUUUUCUUCACAUCUUUUUUAAGAAAUUACAGAUCAAGGCUUUCUGAAAUUUGGAAUAAAGCUUCAUGUGAACAUACUUUACCAUGUGAAGCAAUUUAACAUAAUUGCUGAUCUAUUUCUUUUUUACCCAUUUUUUUUCUCCAUGGAAGAAAUUAAAGUUAAAAAGGAUACAAUGCAUAAAAUAGACAGUGUAAUAUAUAUAUGUGUGUCUGUCCGUCCGCUUGGAUUAUAAGUAGCACAGAAUUAUUUUUUGUUGGAUUCAAUUCCAAUUUUAAUAUUUGCAUUUGCUUGGGUUGUGAGUAAUUAGAAUUUUUGCUAGAUUUGUAUUAAUAAGGUUAAAAUUUGUUGAAUUUAUUGAAAUUUUCUAGCAUUGCCUCAUACUCAAUUCAUAUACAAUCAAAUGGCAUUAAAAAUAAUUGUCACUACUGAAACUAAAAAUUGUCACUACUGAACUAAAAAUAAUGAAAAUGUUAUGUAUACAAUUUUUUUUUCUGUUUAUUGCAAAAAUAGAGAAAAUGGCUGUGGUUUGAAUUUUUUUUAGUAAUUUUAAUUGGAUGCCUGAUAAGGUGACUAGAUCUACUAUUUUUUAAAGGUUCUUUUGUUUAAAAUGUGGCUUAUUAACUUUUUAUACAUCCUUGGCUUUCUAAUUUGAGGUUUUCAAUAUUCUUUAUAAAGAUAGAUAAAAAAACAAAAAGGGCUUUGGAUGGAUCCAGUUUAUAAAGUUUUAUUGUCAUUUAUUAACGCACAGCCAGUUCUAUUUAUUGUUAUUGUUAUGCCUCCUUGUAAAUUCACAUGCUCAGCUCCUAUAGGCAAAACCUCGGCUUUCAAAUUUUUUUUGGUGAAAAUAUUUACUUAGAUUCUCUAAGAUGAUUAUCAUGAUUAGAAAUGAUGGAAAUCAUUGUUAAGAAUUAUUGUCACAUAACUGAAAUCCAUUCAUUUAUAUUAGCCAGGUGCUACAAUGUCCAUGGAAAACAUAAAAUAAUCAUAUCAUUCACUUUUUUUACCCAAAAAAAAGUUAUACUAGUAGUUUGUUUUCCAUAUUACCAGAUUACAAAUGAAUAAAAAAAACAUUUUUUUUUUGUUAACCCUGGUCUUCUUUACUUACAAGUUCGUUCAAAGUUUUUAAAAGACCAAACACUUUGUAAAAGGCUACAAAUUUGAGAAGUUUUUAUUUUAUUUUUAAUUCACCAAUAUACCAUGCUGUAUGAAUAUAUUGUUAUAAGGUUUUUUGCCUAUCUGCAUACCCCAAAGGAUUGGACACACAAACCUCUAAGUGUUAAAGUUCUUAUUUUGUAAAGUGUUAAAGUUCUUAUUUUGUAUGGAUUUUAGGGUUAUUCAAAGGCUGGACCAAUCUAAAAUUAAUAUUUUGCUGUUAAACCAUAUAUCAAAAACCAUUGUUUUUUUACAAACCAUAAACAAAGUACUUGCACAGUAAUAUUGGAAUGCUUAGUAGAUCUGUUUUACUAAGUAAUCUGUAGUUUGACUGAAUUAUAGCUUUAAACAUGCAUUUUGAUAAUUUUAUUGCCGAUAUUUUUUUAUUUGUAUAACUGAACAUUGCAUGCUAGGAGUGUAUGUAUGUAUAUGUUAUCAUUCUCAUUAUAAAGUUAAGUUAAAUGUGCAAUAUAACACCCCUCCCCCUUUUCCCCUAUAAUCAUGAUAGCAUUAUUAAGAUUGUGUAAUGAUUGUUCAGUUUCAAUUAUUUGCAUUGGGUUGUAAAAUAGACACAUUCACACGACUCUGACUCAUAUACUGUUCAUUACAAAAUCUGUCACUCAAUUUACUUUCAAUUACCGGUAGGUGUUCUAGAGAACUAUGAGUAAUUUCAUUAUUUGCACCCCAAAAUGAAAAUAUCAAUACCUUAUUGGUUGAAUUUCUGUUGUUAGGGACACUUUUAAUUCACACAACAUUUUGGUGUAGUCUUUUAAAAUUUUUACCCAGAAUGCAUUAGAUUCUGAAAAUUUUUGUAUCCAUUUGCACUUCAGGGAGAAAUAAAUGCUAUUUUUCAUGAUAAAAACUGUCGCUCAUCAGUCGACUCAUAUUGAUGCUUGCAUAUUUGAAUAAGGGUCUGUUGUGCAAAUAAAUGGUCUGUUACAACUAAAUGAUGAUUGAAAAUGUCAUACUUAAUUGAAGAGAAUAAAUGCGAUCAUCUCAGUGGCUAAUUUCAUUAUGUUGGGGCUGUUUACUAUAUUUUAUGACAAAUCAUGUUCACAUAUACUCAACUAGAAGUUUUGUAUAGAUAAUAUUGAUUAUUUCUAUUAUCAUCAGAUUGAAUGUGCGUUGUUAAAUAUUUAUGUAACAUCAGCAAUUUAUUGUUUUGACUGGUAAAAUAAAAUUAUAAAACACC